AUGGUCGCUGCCAAGACCGCCCCCUCGGAAGCCGGGCCAAAACCCACCGUCUCAGUCUCGUCCAACGCCCCCUCAGCAUCCGGCACGCCUCCUCCCGGGACAAACCACCACAAAUCGCACUCGCAGCACCGCGUUUCGAAGCCCUCAGGCAGCAUCGGCAGCAGGAAGGCCUUUGCGAGAGUCGCCAGCAUGGAGCCACCCGUGCAGUCCUUUUACGGCGCCGAGCCCAUCCCCCUGCCCAACCGCUUCGCCAACAUCAAGCGCAGGCUCAUCCAGGGCAAGGAGCAGGCGAUCGAGGCCUCGUGGCGCCGUCUCCUGGCCGCCCUGCGCGACGAGAUCGCCCACAUCCAGUCGCGCGGCAACGAUCUGAUCCCCAUCAUCGACUUUGCCGACAUCGACAACGCGGCCAGCGUCACCUCGUUCGAGCGCGACCUCAAGCGGUACGGCGUCGCCGUCAUCAGGGGCGUCGUCAGCCAGACGCAGACCGAGAACUGGAUCCAGCAGACCAGGGACUACAUCACCCACAACAGGGACCACAUCAAGCCCACCAUCCCCCAGGAUCCUACCUGCUUCGAUCUCUUCUGGACCCCGGCCCAGUGCGCCAUCCGAGCCCACCCGUCCGUCCUGCGCGUGCAGCAGUGGUCCAUGACCUUCUGGGAGACCAAGGGCAUCGAUGCAGACGUCUCGCGCAUAGCCACCCGCUUCCCCAUCUCCUACGCCGACCGUCUCCGGAUCCACGACGGCACCAUCAUGGGCUCCAACGCCGCCCUGCCCCAGGUCAACGGCAACUCGGCCGCCGACAGCCUCACUGCCAGUUCCGCCUCGACCCUCAUCGCCCAGGUUGACAACGGUAGCCUCGAGCGGUGGGAGCCGGAUGGCUACGGUCGUGGUGGCGCCUACGACGCCGUCUUCCGCGGCGACUGGGAGUCUCUCGACCCCUGGGACCCCUCUGGUCGCAUCAACGUCACCCAGGACUUGUACAACGGUGCUGGCGUAUGCUCCAUCUUCCGCAUGUUCCAGGGCAUCCUCGCCCUCACGUCCGGCGAGCCCGCCAGCAUCCGAGUCCUGCCCUCUCCCAAGCUCGUCAUGGCCUACCUGCUGCUCAGGCCCUUCUUCAGCGCCAAGACGAAACCGCCAACCAGCGGCUGCGAAGAGGAGGGCUCCUCACCCGAGGUGAUGGCCGAGUGGGACGCCUUCCUGGACGCAGACAACUGGACUCUCGACAGCGAGCAGACCACGAUCAUCCACGGCGCCGUCCCGGGCCACGCCCAGCGCAUCACCGAGCUGUGGCACCCGCACCUUCGUCUCCGCCGGUCCCUCGUCGAGAUCCCCACCCUGCAGGCUGGCGACUACGUCAUCUGGCACUGCGACGAGGCAUACAGCAUCAUGACCACCGCAGCCUCAAAACCAGGCACGCCCGGGCCAGAGACACCGGCCCCGUCGAUGCUGGUGUACACGCCCGCCUGCCCGCUCACCCAGACCAACGCACUCUUCCUCGCGCGGCAGCGCAAGGCCUUCCUGCUGGGACAGCCUGGGCCCGACUUCGACACCGCGGGGAGCGGCUCGGUGGGCAGCGAGGCGCCGCACGAGGGGCGGCCGGGGAAGGAGGAAAUCGCCGCCAUCGGCGGGGACCGCGGGCUGAGGGCCAUGGGACUAGCGCCGUGGGAGCUGUCCAGCGACGGGUCCAAGGUCAUGACCCGGCCCGGCACGCGGGCCGUCACGCCGGAGCCGUCCGAGGCCGCGGCGGCGGAGGAGGGAGGAGCACGACGAGGAGAGGCGGACAAGAUGGAGCUCGACGGCAGCAGCGCGGGCGCCAUCGCCGAGAAGAAGCGCAGCACCGAGGGCGAGGCCGAGGUGGUCCGGCUGGCGAACAUCAUCCUGUUCCCGGACCGGUACGACUUCUACAUACCGACCGAGAAGGCCGGAAAUGCCAAGGACAGGAUUAAUGGGAAGGCGCAGGCAGAGCAAAUGGCGGCCACGCGGCAACUGAUUUCGAGGAUAUUGACGUGA